AUGAUGACUCUAGCCAUUGAUCUCGGUAUGCUCGGACAUGGAUUGGCGGGCCAAAUAUUGGGCCGGGCCGAUGGUGGAUUGGAUUUGGACAUGGGUAUGGAAAAGACCAAUUAA